UGUUCAGUCAUCUAAUGUCAGACCUGUGCUGUUCAGAAGUGAUUGUGUGAAGAUCAGAAGAAGCUACAGUGUGUUUGGUUCAGCUUUGUGUUCUUCUGAUGCUGUUGUACGAUUUAAUAAUUAACCAUCUGUAUAUGAUUUUGGAGAGAGAAAAAAAUGACUAAAAUGUUUACUCAGCCUGUGUGUUUCAGUUAGGAUGGUCACUCCGUUUCAUCCGAUGCCUUUUUUGUCUGAGGCCGUUUCGUCUGAUGCCUAAUUGUACGAGACCUGACACUGACGCUGUUUUUCAUGAAGCUUUUCUGUCUGAGGCAUGAUGCCUUUUCGUAAUAUGAUUUAAGUCUGUGGAUGUCCUAAAAUGUACACCGUACCUGAGGCCUUCAUAACAAUGUUCAUGAAAAUGCUGCUCUAUCUUUGUGUUGGUGUAGAAACAGAGAAACCACAGGCUUGACUUUACAGGCAUAGUGGUGUUACAAUCGUUCUGUGGCAAACACAAACAUGUUUUGAAAUCUUUUGAAGAUCUUAAAAAACAUCAUCGUAAAACCUGUGGCAUAUGCUGAUUUUAAUCACAUUAAAAAGACAUGCAAACACUUUAAUCACAUUUAUUCCACUCUGACCACUGUGAGUGUGCAUGUGCAUUUUUGCAGGCAAUAGAAACAAACAUGCAACAAAAGAACACAGACUGAUUUCAAGCACAAUUAAAUUACAUUUUAUCAUUAAUUUUGAUUUCACUGGAGGAAGUAAAGUGACUUUUCUCUCAUGUUAAACUGUACUGUGCUAAUUUGAACCCGACUGCUACAUCUAACCACAAUAUCACAAUAGUGCCCUUUAGGAAGAGCUUUUCGUUAUGCAAAUUAAUUGGUUUUAACAGGAAGGGUCACAAGCUCUUGUACUGUGACAUACUUUUCCACUUAUUUGCCUCAACUACUAAAAUUAAAGUCUCAAAUAGCAGAGGACUACAGAGUAGAAACACAUAUAGCUUCAUCAUGAGAACAAAAAUGUCUCAGCCUGUUCAUGGCAAUAUAAACACUGAACCAAGAGAAACCAUAAAGGUACACAUACAACACAAACAUACAAUUAGGAAACAGAAAACAUUCAUCUUGAUAUCUGUCAUUUUCAGAAAGUGUUUGUGUGAAGAUCAGAAGCUCCAGAGCAGCUGCAGUGUGUUUGGUGCUGCUGUGUGUUCUUCUGCUGACUGCAGACAUAGUGCUGUGUGUCACGUUCACUCUAGAGAGUCGACAGUUAAUAUCCAAGAAUGAAAACCUGACCAAUGAGAGAGACCAGCUACUAACUAACAUCACCAACCUCUCAGAAGAGAGAGAUGGGCUGAAAAUAAAGAACAAAAACCUGACCAUUGAGAGAGACCAGCUAAAACUGGAGAAAAAUGAUCUUCAGAUGAGUCUUGGUAAACUGGAUGGAUGGAUUUACUAUCAAUCCUGUCUUUACUUCAUUUCCUCCGAGAAGAAGAACUGGAUUGAGAGCAGAAGAUACUGUACAGAGAGAGGAGCAGAUCUGAUCAUCAUAAACAACAGAGAGGAACACGAAUUUGUCAAGAAACGUUUUGAUGAUUUCUGGAUUGGUCUGACUGACAGUGAUGUGGAGGGCAGAUGGAAAUGGGUUGAUGGCACCAACAUGACCUCUGGGUUCUGGGUGGAUAGACAGCCUGAUAAUUACAAUGAUGAUGAAGACUGUGCUUCGACUUAUUCACCAGGAUGGAAUGAUUAUCAUUGUAGUGGAGCAUUAAAAUGGAUCUGUGAGAAGAUUAUAUUGAAAUGACACAUUUCAAUAAAUAUGUGAGCAUAAUGCAUUAUGAACACAAGCAACUCAUAAUAAUGUAAUAAAGCAAAAUGUAAUAACUUCAAAUUAUGUAACAAGUAUUACAUUACUAAUAACUUAAAACAUAAACUAUUAUUCAUCAAAAAAAAAAAUGAAAAGCAUCUCUAUAGAGAAUCAUAUCACUAAAAUUAUAGUUUUUUAGCAA